CAAACACAUAAGAUAAAUAAGAUACCAAGUUCUUGUGUCUUUCCGCAACAUUCUUAAUUUCUUCGCUAUUCUCCAACAUGGGUCAGUGCUUCGCUUCUCUCCUUCCCCACCAUUCAGGUUCAGCGCGUGCGGCAACAUCCUUGGGGAGCGUGGAAGAAAGCAGUGGCAACAGUGUUGUUUUUCCGGGCGUGGAAACGCGCCACUUGAAGGAGUUCACUUUCGCGGAUUUGAAAGCGGCGACCAAGAGUUUCAGGUCGGAAGCAUUGCUGGGAGAAGGUGGUUUCGGGAAAGUGUACAAAGGGUGGUUGGAUGCCAAGACGCUCACACCAACCAAAGCAGGUUCUGGAAUGAUGGUCGCUGUUAAGAAACUCAAAUCCCAAAGCACGCAGGGUCUUCGAGAAUGGCAGUCCGAAAUUAACUUUUUAGGAAUGAUUUCUCAUCCAAACCUGGUCAAGCUUUUGGGUUAUUGUUGUGAAGAUGCUGAAUUUCUCCUUGUGUAUGAAUUCAUGCCAAAGGGAAGCCUGGAGAAUCAUCUAUUUUGGAGAAAUACUAAUGUAGAACCACUUUCUUGGGACACCCGACUCAAAAUAGCUACUGGUGCUGCUCGUGGUUUGGCUUUCUUACAUACCUCAGAAAAACAAAUAAUAUAUAGAGAUUUCAAAGCAGCCAACAUAUUACUUGAUGAGGAUUAUAACCCAAAAAUUUCGGAUUUUGGUCUGGCCAAAUUAGGGCCACCUAUAGGAGAUUCACAUGUGACAACUAGAAUUAUGGGCACACAUGGCUAUGCUGCUCCGGAAUACAUUGCAACAGGCCACCUGUAUAUCAAGAGUGAUGUGUAUGGUUUUGGUGUGGUGCUGCUUGAAAUGCUGACCGGAUUGCGUGCACUUGAUAGAACCCGUCCCACAGGACAGGAGAAUCUAGUUGAAUGGAUUAAGCUUUCUCUCUCAGAUAAAGCAAACUUGAAACACAUUAUGGAUGAGAAAAUAGAGGGUCAAUAUUCAACCAAAGCAGCAUUUAAAACAGCACAACUUAUUUUAAAGUGCCUUGAAAAUAACCCUAAACCACGUCCUCAUAUGAAAGAUGUUGUGGAGACAUUGGAAAGCAUCCAAGCUAUCGAUGUUAGAAGAAAGGAAUGCAAGAGACGUAAGUUUGCAACGAAGCUCAAUUUGCAAUAGCCAAUUAUCAUCCUUAUGUUCGCCGCGCCAAGUAAUGUUUAGGAACAUAUUGUUGUCAAUAUAUGAAACUUGUGUUGAAUUGUAACAUGAUCCAACACAUAAUAUAUAGAUGUAUUCUUAAAAUAAAAAAAAAUUGUUAGUUGCAGGGAUAAAUGUUUGACAGCUUUAUAAUUUUAUUUUUCUUUCUAUUCAUG